AUGACUCAACAAACAGAAGCUGUCAGUAGUUGUGGAGGUAUAAUGCAAUUUGACAUUACGUGCAAUUUUCAUUCUCGCAAUUAUCCAUCUAUGAAACCGAAACAAACGAAUGUGAACAAUACAACACCUGCUGCUUUCUUUUAUUGGAAGGAAUCAUCACCAUCCUUUUCGAUAUCAAAAGGUAAACAAUCCUCUUGUACAGAUUUACAGAAAAUGACAAGUGCCAUGUCAUCGAAAUUAUCGAGUGAUUCUGCGUUGAGAGCAACAACGAAACAUUCUUCAGCACCACAACAAUUCCAACCUAAAAUUUCAAAACCAAACAAGAUGAAGAACAAAGCCAAUUCUCCAAAAACGUUAAGCUUUAUCGAUGUCUCCCAAACGAUGACAACUGGCAUUUCCCAUGAUCAACGACUCGUUGUGCAGAAUCAUCACUCGAUAGGCUCAACACCUCGAAAGAGAAAGACCUCGAUACAAAGCUAUGAGCAAGUUUUGAAUUUGAAUUCCCAACCCAAGAUCCUCCCAACCACCACAACUGUCAGCUGUUCAACACAUCAACAAGCAUGUAACAUUUCUCAAGCACAGCAACUUCAUGUGUUUAACGACAAAACCAACAACAUUGAAAAUUUGCAUCCUUCAGCACUUGUGGCUGGUUCUUACGUUCACCAAGAGUCAUUGAGCCCAAAAAGCAAUGACUCAUCUGUCAUCCAAGUCGAUUCGUCAUCAAAGAGCCAAACAUCCGAGAGCUGUCAGACGUCAGAUAGUAUAGACUCCAUAUCAAAGCCUAAAAAAUCGUCAUCUCCAAACGUGGUUCGAUCGUAUAUAUUUUCUAUCCAAGAAUUAUUAAAUUAA